GACGGAUAAGACAUCGCUCGCGCACCUCCCGCUCUCCCAUACCGGAAGCUCAAAAAGGAGCUCUUAAAUGCAGUGCGUCAAUGGCGACGCCAAUCAGUAUCCACCCCCUCGCGCGCGUUAGCACGGCGUCUUCCUCGCCUCGCUCUCUUCGGCGGCGCCCGACGGCGCCGGAAUCGGCACGAAAGAAGCUCUCCUGCUCGAGGUGCGCACUGUCCCCACCGGAAUGGCGGGAAAGCAGGCGAUCGCUUUCCUUCUCUCUCCUGCUCGCUCACCUGAUCGUCGUCCCGGACCAUGCUAUUGCAGGCAGCUUCAUGGAUAAUUAUGUAAAGAAAAAAAGGCUUGACCCACUAGAGGCUUAUGUGCCGGCCGUAAUAUUAAGUCAGCUGCAGAUUAAAGAUUUAGAGAGAACUCUGGAAGCUGAGAAGCCCGAGUUUGCUAUGUGUCGAUCACUCUUACGCUCUGGGCCAGCAGCAUCUCUUCGCAUUGACAUUCGAGCAGUUGCACAGUAUGCUUCAGAUGCUGGGAAUGGUAAAGCUGCUUCCAAUGAUGUUGAUCAAUGUCUCAGAGCCUUGGAAGAACUUGAUUCCUUGCUUCUGCGUGCAUCAAGAAAUGAACCAGACGCCUCGGUAAAAUCCAUGAAAGCCAAGAUAGAAGUUGCGGUUGAUGCACUGGAUAGUCUCCUCCAGACUGUUCCCCAAGACGUGUUGGACAAAAGCAAGGCUGCAGCAGAUGCAUAUAGGAUACCAAGAGACGUGGAACCAGAAAUACUAGACCCUGAAAUCAAGCAGUUGGAAUCAAUCUUGUGAUUGAUGAACUACUGCGUUUUCCUUUACUCAGCAUCAUGUGAUAAUACCUUCCUCUGAUACACUCAAAAUUCAACUAGACAUCCAAACUUUUACCCUACGUAUUAUUCAGUUUACGAAAUUGGCAGUUCCUCGGUUCAUGGUAGUCCAGUGUACCAUUCCCGAUGAAAUUCAUAUAAUGUCAAAUGAGCAGUUCUUAGUUU